GCCUCUCUCCAGUUGGUCGGCGCUCAACACACCUUUGGGUCCGAUUGGGCGAGGCGUAAAGCCACGCCCCUUGCUUCCCCACCGUGUUUGAAACGAUGAAUGGGAACGAGGCCGAGGGGAAAACUGGGGAACCAUCGACUGAUUGGAUUCAUGUCAAAGACACAAGACAGCAAGUCGUCUCGGCAGUGAGACCAAGCUCCUGAACGCUUCACACACACUCAUAAGAUAGUUGAAACAUGGAAGUUGAAGAGCUCCACUCGGGCAUCCGUCGUGAAUUCCAGCCUGCCCCUUUGUGUGGAGGUGACCUGGAGGCUGUGGAAGCUCUGGUGUCCAUGACUAAGCACUGGAAGACCCAAAACUUCAGGUUCAGACACUCCAGACCCUUAACGCCAUCCUCAGACUUUUCAGAGGAUGACUCUACCCCCCUCGGGUGUACUGUGCUACAGGAAUCACCUUUGUGUAUGACGCCGCCAUACAGUCCGCCCCACUUCGAGGCCACCCGUCCACCCUCACCAGCACCCUUACACCAACAUGCAGCAGCUGGAAGUCCAAGCUGGCAGCCAACAGAGGAUAUGUACCUCCGCGCACACACUGCUGCUUCUCAGAGCAAGUUCCAGUGCACCAGCGUGAUCCGCCACACUUCAGAAUGCCAGCGCCACUCUUCUUCCAGAGCCGACGGAUCUACUCAGGUUCAUACAAAAGACUCUAAAACAGAUUUCAUCUGCGAAGAUGGGAUGGACUGUAGAGAUUCUGGGAAAAGUAUUUUAAUAGAGUCUGACUCUAAUGCAGCUGUACCACAGAAACCUUCCACUGUGACUUUGCCAAAUGUGGUUGAGGCCAGCCAGACUGUAUCAAACACACCUCAGGCUGUCUCCUCUGUUCAAGCUGUUGGUGCUGGGGUGUCCCCUGUGCCUGUCUACUGCCAGAUUCUUCCCAUCGCUUCUUCUUCCACACUUGCUGUACAGAAACCUGUCACAGCCUCUGAGAGCCAGAGACAGCAUCUACUACCUAUCUCAUCAGCAAUAACCGCUGCGCACACACCACUACAGCAGCAGCACAAGCAACAACAGGCACCGCCACAACCACAAACCCAAGCAGCCCCUCCUGCCCAGGUCUUUCUCUUGGGGGCUCAGGUGGCAAGAGGCCCCGUAAUGCUCCUCGUCCCUCAGCCUGCAGUUUCUACCCUCUACGUUCAGUCAGCGCCAGCGACCCCUGGUGGAACCAAGCUGCCCGCCAUCGCCCCCGCACCUGGCCGUGCCACGUUGGAACAAAGACAAUGCCCACUGCAGCCAGAAGUGUCCCGCGUACGCAGUCACGUUUGUCCCCGCGAGGACUGCAACAAGACCUACUUCAAGAGCUCCCACCUCAAGGCCCACAUGAGGACACACACAGGUGAGAAGCCCUUCAAAUGCAAGUGGGAGGGCUGUGAGAGGCGUUUUGCUCGCUCAGACGAGCUGUCGCGACACCGACGUACCCACACUGGAGAGAAAAGGUUUUCCUGUCCCAUGUGUCACAGCCGCUUCAUGCGUAGCGACCACCUAGCCAAGCACGCCCGGCGACACCUAGCAGCGAGGAAGACGCCCUUCUGGACGUUAGGGGUCACCCAGUCUGCUGACCUAGCUGCUUCAUCUUCAGCAAACUCUCCAUGAGGCAUCCUGAUGAGCCCCCAAAGUAAAAACUGUGAAACUGAAUGUGAGAUUUUUUGUGUCCGAGUGUCAAGAAUGCAGGAGGAAGAGUGUGUGUACCUGAUUUUUACGUGUCAUCCCUUUGUGAUUAGAGUUGCAUAUUAACGAGGUAAUGAGACUGUUUACAUUCUGCUUCAAGCACCUGUACCGCCUCAAAAUGAGCAGUUACACUGAACUUAUAGAUGGUAUAAUGUUAGCAAUUUUAAUUUUUAUAAAUUAAUACUUAAUAGGUUUACUUUUUGAUAUUUGACCAAAGAAUGUUCAGCAUUGUUCUUUUGUGCUACAAGAGAGUCCGUUUGUUAUCAAACAAUUUUGCACAGCACUGUUUGCUAGCGGGGAAAAUAGAAUAAUAAACUUGAAUAAAUUUUCUCUUGGA